GGGCUGGGGGCGGAGGCUGGUGAAGACACCGCCCGCGCAACAGCAGGAGGGGCGAACGGAAGGAAGGGGAGACGUGGUCCGGGCCGGCUUCUCUUCUUUCUCUCGCGCUCUCUUUUCCUUUGUACCGCCACCAUGGCUGCCGCUCUCCGUCCUGGCGCCUCCUCUCACGCCGCCUGCCUGGCUCUGCUGCUCGGCUGCCUCGUCUUACGCGGGGCUCCCGCGCGAGCUGAGGAGACGACGACGGAGACAGGCGACGAGACGGACCCCCACGCGCGGCACCUCUACAACGCCGAGAUGCUGCACCAUGGCGCCCAGAGCGCACCGCACUUCGUCAUGUUCUUCGCCCCGUGGUGUGGACAUUGCCAGCGUCUGCAACCAACUUGGAACGAUCUUGCAGACAAGUACAACAGCAUGGAAGAUCCACAGGUCUAUAUUGUCAAAGUGGAUUGCACUGUGGAUACACCUUUGUGUUCUGAGUUUGGUGUCAGAGGAUACCCAACCCUAAAACUACUUAGACCGGGCCAAGAAGCUGCAAAAUACCAGGGACCUAGAGACUUCCAGUCACUGGAGAACUGGAUGUUGCAGACACUAAAUGAAGAACCUGUUGAGCAAGAUUCUAAAUUAGAUCCUCCAAAAGCCCCUGAAUCAAAGCAGGGCCUAUAUGAGCUCUCGACAGCUAAUUUCAAAAUGCACGUAGCAGAAGGCUAUCACUUUAUCAAAUUCUUUGCCCCUUGGUGUGGGCACUGCAAGGCAUUAGCACCCACUUGGGAACAGUUGGCUCUGCACCUUGAAAAUUCAGAGACUGUCAAGAUUGGCAAGGUGGAUUGCACACAACAUACUGAAAUCUGCUCAGCAAACCAGGUGCGUGGUUAUCCAACCCUCCUUUGGUUCCAAGGUGGAGAAAAGGCUGACCAAUAUAAGGGGAAAAGAGAUUUGGACUCUUUGAAAGAAUAUGUAGAUUCCCAGCUAAAAGACUCUAAAGAAGUCUCAGGUGAUGCUAAACCUACCGAAGCGCCACUACCACCUAGAGAAAUAACUCCCGAGGAAGAGGGCAAGGUCCUUUCCCUCUCUGAAAAAGACUUUGAUAAAGAAGUUGCUAAAGGGAUCACCUUCAUUAAGUUCUAUGCUCCAUGGUGUGGUCAUUGUAAAAACCUGGCUUCCACUUGGGAGAACCUCUCGAAAAAGAAUUUUCCAGGACCAAUGGAUGUCAAGAUAGCAGAAGUAGACUGUACCACAGAGCGCAAUGUCUGCAAUAGAUUUUCCGUGCGUGGCUACCCAACAUUGAUGCUUUUCCGUGGUGGGGAGAAAGUGAGUGAACACACAGGAGCCAGAGAUCUUGACACACUGCAUAACUUCGUCGUGGGGCAAUCAAAGGAUGAACUGUAACAACAUACCUGUUUGGAUAAUGCUCCUCUAGCUGUGUCUGUCCACUAAACAUGGGAGUUGAAUCAAGGUGUAUUGUGGCUGGAUUUCCAAUAGCGGUCAUUUGGGAAACUGAAUGUAGUAAAACAUGGUAUCUUCUAUGUAUGUGUUUGUGUUCCCUACAGCCCCACUGUGCUGAGCUUAAGGGAAGCUUACAACAAACAGUCACUGUUAAAAUUGGGAAUAUUUUUCAGUAUUGGUUGCAUUAAUUAACUCCCACUUGUCAUACAAUGAAAACGUAAAUGGCCUUUUGGGGAUUAAAAUAAGGAAAUGUUAAAAUUAAGGGACAUGGUAGAUUAUUCUCAUGGCGGUUUACACAAGUUAGAAACUUAACACAUGCACACACCUUGCAAAACUGCACAUUACAACUUUAUUUUGUUAUACUGGUGUUAUACCUUUUACAAUGUAUCAUUCAGCUGCUCAUUCAAAAACCAGGUUAAAUGGAACUUCAAAGGAAACACACACACUUAGAAAGAUACCCUUGACCACUAUUGGCAUUUUGUUUUCUCUCAUCAUGAGGGAUGCAAAGUGAAAAGCAAUGAUCCUCUGAUGUAUACCUGAUUUAUUAUUGAGCCAUAGUGUUUGUCAGGUAGUUUUUGACAGCUCAAACACACAAUAGUUCAGUCAUUUGCACAGAGUUGUGAUUUUCUUCAUGCAGAUCCAGUGAGUUAGCAGCCAACCCCUUAAAAAAACACUGACUUUAAAAAAUCUUUUAGUCCCCUGGUUGGAACAGUACCCAGAGACAGAUUAUUUUGAGUUACAUUGGCAUCUUUCUAAGUAAUACAAAGAAAGGAACCAAAUUUGCCUGCAAAAUAUUGCCAGGUAGCCUGCUGUUCUGAGCAGAUUGUCCCUCCCCCCUUUCCGGUUUAGUGUUCCAUAUCAAAGAAUCAAAACCAAAGAAUUUAUUGUGCAGGUACUGAUAGGAUAUUUCAGCUACAUCAGCAAAUUAGAUAAAAAUUGUUCUGGUUUAUAUAUAAACAUUUAUUGCAAUUUAUUUGGGGAGUUGUUUCAGGUUUGUACAUAUGCAGACCAACGUUCAUCUGUAGAAAGAUACUAUUGUCAUUUGUCUGUUGCAGAUGGAGAGAUGCCAUUUUCAUUAGCCAUAUCUACAUUCUAUCUUUGUACUGUAGUUUGUCCUUUCUCUUGAAAGCCAGGAAAUGUGCCCAGCACAAAUUGGGGGCCUGGGGUUGGGGGAAUGUGAAAGACAGGAAGUACAGAAAGGGCUAAUAAGAUAUGGCAGAUGUAGCAGAUCAACACACAUGUUUCUGCCUUAAAGGGAGCCUUUAUUCAUCAUGAUGACUUUUAAAAAACUAAAGAAGCACAAUCUCAUGAGCAGGCUGGGCUGCGACUCAUGAUUUCUUGUACAAAAUCAAGUGGUACAAUUGUUUACACACACACAAUUUCUGAAUAAAUCUUUUUUUUAAAAAAAA